AUGACAAACAAUAAUGAAUGUUGUUCUUGUUGUCAACAAUCUUCAUAUUUACCUGUUCGUUCGGCUUGGGCAAAAGCAAUAAUAUCGAAAGUAGAAAAUGAUCAACAUUUAGAAGACAUCGAUCGACGUACAUGGUAUCGUUUAACACGUAGUGAUCUUUUACAUGAUGAAUAUCGACAACUUUUUCAAGAACUUCAUGAAGAUGAAGAUACAACGAAAUUUAUUGAACAAAGUCAAGAAAAAUCUGAUAAUACUCCUGUACAAAUACUUCAUAGUCUUGCUAGUUCUUUAUUGACAAUAUUUAUUGCACGAACAUCAGCCAAUGGUUUAAUUGGUCGUGGUCGUAUGUUUGUUUAUUCAACUGCACAAUUUAAAAAAUUACUUGAUAUAGAUGAUAAUGAACAAUAUUCGUUGACAUCACUUCUCGAUAUUGGUGCUGGUGAUGGUUCUGUUACAGAACGAAUGGCUGGUGUUUUCAAAAAAGUGUAUGCUACAGAAAUAUCAUCAAUAAUGCAAUGGCGUCUUUCAACUUAUGGUUAUACAGUACUUGAUAUAGAUCAAUGGAGAGAUUUAAAAUUUGAUGUAAUAACAUGUUUAAAUGUCCUUGAUCGUUGUGAAAAACCAUUGAGCUUAUUAAAAAAAAUUCGUGAACAUUUAAAUCCUAGUAAUGGUCGUGCUAUAAUAACUCUUGUUUUACCAUUUAAACCAUAUUUUGAAUAUAAUAAUGAUCAUCAUCCAGAUGAAGCAAUUUAUAUAAAAGGUCGUCUACCUGAAGAACAAAUCAAUGAACUUAUUUUAAAUGUGUUUCAACCAUUAGGUUUUCGUUUGAGGAAAUUAAGUCGUUUACCAUAUUUAUGUGAAGGUGAUAUGGAACGAAGUUAUUAUUUUCUUUCGGAUUAUAUUUUUGUACUAGAAGUUGCUUGA